GCCCCUCCCCCGACGCGCCGGCGCCACAGUGGCCGAGUUCUCCGGCUGCAGGCUUGCGGCUCCUCCCGCCGCCGCCGCCGAAGGCUUCGCGCUGCCCGGGGGCCGGGGGCGCGCGAGACUCUUGCGUGCGGGGCGAAGCGUGUGCCUCCGCAGCCCAAGGCGCGGAAUAGGGACGCCCUGGCCUCGGGGCCAUUGUCUCUCGCUUUAUUUUCGUUGUCGCGAGCGCUGUCCGCCCGGGAGGCGCCCCGUGACCGGCGCGAUGAGUGCCAACGAGGACCAGGAGAUGGAACUGGAGGCAUUACGUUCUAUUUAUGAAGGAGAUGAAAGUUUCCGGGAAUUAAGUCCAGUUUCAUUUCAAUAUAGGAUAGGUGAAAACGGUGAUCCCAAAGCCUUCCUAAUAGAGGUUUCCUGGACAGAGACCUAUCCCCAGACACCUCCAAUCAUAUCUAUGAACGCCUUUUUUAACAACACCAUAUCGUCAGCUGUGAAGCAGAGCAUAUUAGCCAAGUUACAGGAAGCAGUGGAAGUCAAUCUCGGGACGGCCAUGACCUACACGUUGUUUGAAUAUGCCAAGGACAAUAAAGAGCAGUUCAUGGAGAAUCACCAUCCCGUUCAUUCUGCCACAUGCAUAAGCAACAUCAUCUCAGUCGAAACUCCUAACACAGCCCCAUCAAGUAAGAAAAAAGACAAAAAGGAACAACUUUCAAAAGCCCAGAAACGUAAGCUGGCAGAUAAGACAGAUCACAAAGGAGAACUUCCCCGAGGUUGGAACUGGGUUGAUGUGGUGAAGGUAUGUAAUAUGUAUAUUCCAGUCUUCAAAAAAUUGUUACAGUUACUGCCAUCGAGUGAUGAAAUUUUUAUCUUUAUUUUCUCCCCAUCAACCUUUGGAUUUUACCGGGAUGUCUCUUUCCUUUCUCAACAUUCAGCAUUUAAGCAAAACCGGCUCUAAAGAUGAUGAAUAAUGCUUGGCAUUUGAGACGAGGGAAGAGCAUCCUUUAAAAAGUAACCUGGGUUCAAAAUCUUUCAUUACUCUUUUCUGGUAUUGAGGUGACUUUUUAUAAAACAAUUUUUUUGUAUGUUUCUUACGUAAAAAAAAUGUUUUAAGCGGAAAGUUCAUGAAGAGAUCUGGUUGUGUUAAAUUAUUUUCACAAACUUGCCUUAAUAAAAGGUGAAAAUGUUAUUGUUUAGUAUACUUUAUGAAGCCAAUUGGGCUUUGUAAAUGGACAACUAUGGGGAAUUAUAAAUAAUCAGUGCUAAUUUAUGUGAUCUUAUUCUGGUGGGUGUGGUUUUUUUAAAGGAGUACGAAGCCCUUUUCAGAUUCUCAUCCGAGUAGAGCAGAAUCCUGAGUGAGCCGUGAGUUCACAGCAGGCCCAUAUUGAUAGGCUUCUCACCUUUAAGUCUCCGUCGCUUCAUUCUCUUAACUACUGAAGCAUGAAUUGCUUCAGAGAAAUUUAAAUACUAGUAUUUGAACUUUAUACAUAAUAUUCUUUGUAGUUCCUUUUUAUUUUUCAAGGGUGAACCGCUUUUUAAUAAAUGAAUAUCUGUUUAUACUUUUCUCUUAGUUUGGGUCAUGAUGUUUGAUCAUGAGAGCUUUCAGUGGUAUGUGAAAUAGGAGAAAGAAAGGGGAAAAAAAAGCCAAAUCUGCCAAAUACAUUAGAAAGCAUUUGAAUAGAAGUGCUGGUUCCUAUUUAAAACCUUUCUCUUUGCUGCAUAUACCAAGAUGGGAGUAAAAGAUGCCUUAAUAUUUAAUUUUUGUAUUGUUAGAGAAAAAUAGUUUUAACAAAUUCCUGUUUAUCUGCUGUGUAUUUUUAGUUGUUUGGUACUUGAGUUCUUCUGAGUGGUUUCACAUAAAAACCACAUUUCAAGCCUUGUUUGUUUUCAAGUAUCCAAAUGUAUGUCUCAGCCCAAGCAUCUCUGUAAAAAUAGACACAGAAGUGUUUCAAAUGUAAUUUUAGCAGGAAGUUACUGAUACGUAUGUGCGAUUUACAGUGAUUCUGUAUAUGCUUCCCAGCUUCAAAAACCUUAGAACUACUGCUGUGGUUUAUGGAAGGGUCAGUUGUUGGCUCCACAAGUUACACCUGUGCAGCUUGAGUCUGAGGUUUUAAAGAAGUCUCCUUAGCAAAAGAUCAGCUUGAGUCAUAUCCAUGGUUUUUGCUGGAUUAACAUUGGCUUCAGUUAAAUCAUUUGAGUUGUACAGUAGGUACAAUUAUGGUGAAGAAGCUCAAAGUCUCGUUUUUAAAUGCAGAAUCACAUUUUAUUCCUUCAGUUAAUACAAUAGAAACAUCAAAAUUCAGGACCACUGGAAUAUUACAGCUUUUGUCUUGGGGUUGUGUGUGUCGUUUUUGCUGUGCUGAUUUAUCUGCUUGUUUUUUAAAGAAACCGAAACUGUUAUGUUUGCUAGUGGAAGAAAAUGCUUUGUUUUGCUCUAGAGAUUCUGAAGUUAUGCAGGCAUAUCGUGGUUCAUAGAUUAAAGAGAAUAAUGCUAGUUAAAUGCCAAUGAACUAUUUUUACUCUUUUUAUAAGAAAUGUACACAUUUCGGGGGCGAUGGUGGCAGUGGUGCCUCUUACUACCUUAUGCAAAACACUUGAACAGUCUCGUCAACAUUGCUGUCAUCUGUUUAAUACUCCCAGUAUAUUUUCUCAGUGUCUGUUCACUGAAGAUUGUGUGGAAUGACAUCAUGAGCAAUAAAAUCUGACUUACACCCAG